CGUGAUGUUAUACGACAUACACGAAAAGCAUGUAAAUAAAAGGGUUAGAAAGUCUUGAGGUUGAAAGAUUAUUACAACAAUUUGAAAGAGAAGAGAGGGAGGAGAGAGAGAGAGAGAGAUUAUUACAACACUCUAAUAAAUGGUAAAAGAAAAAGAAUGGGGACUAAAGAUAUUAUUACAACAAUGAAUGGAUUCAGCCAAAUUAAUGUUGAAUCUAACAAAUCAUGUUAAAUAAAAUAGAAUAACCUAGCCAGUGGCCCCAGAACUACCUAGGAGACCACCCCCCAUAGUUGUCUGCUUUGUUCUUAGAGAAGUUAGUUGGCUAUGCACAACAAUGAGACCGAACAUAAAAAGGACUGGCUGAACUCUUCUUCCGAGCAGAAUCUGGGUUAGUGCAAACUUUCCAGAAUAAAAGCUACGGACACUUUCUAAGGGAUGUUCAUCCAUUCUACCUCUACCACCCACAAGAUCCAUUUAAGGGAGAGGUAGAUGGGAUGCAACCCUCAAUAAUGAUAUGAGCAGAUAUGUACAACAUAUAUUUUGUUAUAAAAUCAACAAAUUAAAUGGAUUAAAACAAGAACAAUCUCAAGCCCAAGAAAUGGAUAGGAACCUACAUCAUCUCUUUGUGGAUAAGAGCAAAUUAAUACCCAAAUCCAUGUUAUUUAUUGGAAAGAGUAGAUUAAUGCAAAUCAUUUCUUGGUGGAAGCUUUGCUUUCAAAACAAGGGAUCCAUCAAAGCCAUUGAAAACUCCUUUCCUUUUCGUAGAACAAGGAUGUCUCCACCCUUUUCUAUGUUCACAAAUGAUUGAGAAGGGAGGUUGCAACACUCUUUGACCCAAAAUCUCUUGUUUUACUUCCAAAAAUAAUCAACAAGAAGGAAAAACAGAAUUCUUUCAACAUCCAAUCCCAAGAAUCCCCUAAGUAAUCUUAUGAACAACCCUUUUACUCAUUAGCAUUGAGCAUAGGUUGAAACACAUAGAUUAAUAUGCUUAAGGGAUAGGAUAGGUGAAGAAUAAGUGCGAAAUAUAUAUUAAACUUGUGAAUGGAUGGCUAAUUGCUACUCUCAAAUACGUCCACAAGGGUCCAAAUACAUAACAAUAAUGAAACUAGGCUAAAUAAAGCAAUAAGGGAAAGGAAAAAAAAAAAAAAAAAACCAAAACAAAACAAACUAUCAACUCAAUGGACGUAUGGCUAAAUCCUAUUCCCUCCACAUCCAUGAGAGCUUACAACAAUUACAUGAUGAAAAUAAGGUUAGAACUGCAGAAAGAGUGGGAGAAAAGGGAUUAAAGAUGCACAAAUUCACCUCUUAAAGAGGGUGAGUCCCUUUGUUCCACGAACUCCCUUUUGGUUCCCUCAAGAACAUUUAGAUAUGUUGUACAAUGUCCAAGUCCCUUAGUUCAAAGCUUAUGAUCAAGCUUUAAUGGAGUUUUUUAAUGUUUGAAAGUGAAAGUGGUAGGUAGGGAAUGAAGGAAGGAGAGAGAGAGGUCCAAAGGCUUAGGCUUUGGACAAAACUUUUUUCAACCCUUAGAAAGAGGCUACCGAGCUCUAGAGCCCAGGGUGUAAAUAUCUGAGAUAUUUAUAUAAAGUGUGUUGAAUAAGCUGAAAUCCUCGAAAAUGCUCUGUACCCGGAACAUUCAGCCCACUGCUCCAUUUGGUGAUUGGCCGAGUGCAAUUCUGACCAGCCAUCAAAUGUUGUCCGGUUAGCCAGAAAGCACAUCAUUGGAUCAACAAAGGUAGGCUUGAACUGAGAGGAGAAACAAGCAUUUCAACUCUUCCAUUUACUUCCACUAUAUCCGUUGCUCUGUUUGUUUAAAAGAAUACAACACUUUGAUUUUGAAAAGAUGAGCCUCAAAAUGUAUUGGUAAUGUUUGAAACUGCACAACUAAAUCUAUUUUGAAAAAGGUUUUUCCACUAGUCGAAAAGUACUUUGGCCAAAACAGGUGUUUGGUUGGUUUAAAAGCUCAAACCUUAAACUUUUGGCCAAGGACUCAAUAGGACUAACAUAUCUCAUUUUCAUCAUUGGAUACCCAAGAGAGAGCGCUCAAGUCUUAAGACUGAUAAAAAAUGAGGUGUCUACAACUAGCUAAAAAAAGAAUUUCUAAAGAACAAGUUUUCACAAACGGGAAUUUGGCUCCAGAUUCAAAUCGGGAACCGAUUUUCAAUCCCGUUUUUUUCUUACAAGUCAUUUAUGCCUAGUUAGUCAUGUGUGUCAAAUUACGUUCACAUCCGACGUCGUUUGACCAUUUUAGUGCGCCAAUGGGCUAAAAAAUAUCUCCGAGCAUAUGAAGUGUACGUCUUUAUGAUUCAGUGAUAGAAUAGUCAUCAUUGACAGUAUUCCACUUCUAGGAUUUAAGCAACCAGUUUUUUUUGGGGCGACAAUCUAUAUGAUCCAAUCACCAAAUGUCUUAUGUCUAUAUAAGUAGCUCAUACGCAAGCACUAAACACAACUAUGUAAAAUUUAAGGUGCAAGGCCUCACCUUUACUUUGUAGGAAAUGAAGACCUUCCUCUUACUUACAAAUUCUUAGAAACUAGAUCCACAUAUUCAUUAAAAUCACAAGCCUAUUCUAAACAUAGGAAUUUGAAUAACAGUGUUACUGAUUAUUCACUUAAUUUGGUGUUUCAACAAACCAGUGGUAUGAACCAGUCACAUUAGCAAAAACAAAAGGUUUAAUUCAUAAUUGAAAAAGGAUAAUUUUAUAGCCUGAAUGCCAGUUAUGUAAGAGAAGCAUUAUAAUGACAACCUGUGAACACAAAGAACGAAAAGCAAUACAAACUCAGUCAUAAAAGAAUAUAGCACUAUAAGAAAAGUGAGAUUUAAUGGCGUUUAUUUAAUGGCGUUUUUUAAUUGUCAUCUUUUUUUUAAUAUUUAAUGAUGUUGAUAAACGUCACAUUUUUAAAAAAUAAAAUGGCACCAUUUUGAUAGAAGGCGGCGUUUAAAAACGCCUUUGAAUGUCUUAACUCUCCCACGCACUCUCUCUCUCUCUCUCUUCAAAUGCCUUAUGUUGAGCCUGAGGACCCAAAACAUUCCCUUACUCUCUCACUCACUCUCUGGGUCUCGCUCUCUCUCUUUGUCUCUCUUAACCCUCUCUAAGCCCUAAUUUCUCUUCACUAAUCGAAUCAACCUUCUUGAGCCCCAAUUGAUACAAUCUCAGAGCGAUUGGUGAUAUAUCUCAGAUCUAAUCUCAGAGCGAUUGGUGAUUCAUCUCAGAUCCAAUCUCAGAGCGAUUGGCGAUUUCGAUUUCGAGAUUUUGAAGCUCCACCGCCUCUACCAUCUGCACCAGCGAGGGGAGCGAGCACCAUCGUCUACUAAGGUGUAUGUAGUCUAUAGAAGGUCAUGACCCAGAUGAAAUUUUGUUGCAGAACCACCAAAUGCUUACUGCUAUUCAUAAAGGAAGGAUGGCAAGCUGGUGCAGGAAAUGUGUAUAUUUAAAACCAAAAUUGGAAAAAUUGGCAGCAGAUUACUAUCCGAGAGUGAAUGUCACUGCUGGAGAGGGAGAAGAAAGAAUUUUGAUGACCGGAUUGCACACUGUUGCUGACAUUUUUUACGUUGGGUGUGGAUCAAUUUUGGGAUGGAAAUAUGAGACUGCCCAUGAAAAGAGCCAAAAGUACAAGGAAGGAAAAUCUAUCCUUGAGCGUAUGGUAUUCUAGCAGCUUUAACUUCACAGCUUAAUUCCGAUGAACGGUCUCCAGCAAGAAAAGGUUAGUUCUGUUCUUCACUUCACAUCUUUACUCGCUUGAAAUCGAUUGUUUUUGCGUCCUUGAAAUGUCUCUUGCUCUUUGCACUUGUUUGUGGUUUGUUUACUAAAAUCGAAAUUGUGAAUUUUUGUGUUUAGUUGUUAAAAUUUCAACUUAAUUUGUUGGGAUCUGGUAUAGAUACUAUUGUCGUACUAAAGAUACUGUAAUGGCGGCUCUGAUAAUUCUAGCUUCAAAAUAGGCUUUGAGUAUGUAGAAAAACCGGUACGAUGGAGUUGUGAAAGUGGCUUCUAGGUCAUUCUACAUGGACUAAAUUCUUAAAAGAAGCUAUUAUUUAUCCAGCUCAAUAAUAUUAAAAAUUUCUUUAAUUGAACUAUUUAUUCUAAUAUUAUUAAUAAUUUCCAUAACUUAUAUUAAUGUGAACCCAGCUCAAUAUUCAACAAGAACCAUAUAGAAUUAAUUCCUACAGAAGAGAAGGGUACAAUGAGACUGAAACAGUGCAACUUCUGAGCCAAACCCACAUUCAAUGUUCACUGAGACCCUGGCAAUUCGUCAAUGAGAGUGAAAACUCAAUGCAUCACAUGUUUUCACCCUCAUCAAACUAUCAAGUCUAUAUUGAAACCCAUUUCAUGAGUUAUGUAUAACUGGGUUAAUUAAUUAGACUGGCUAAUAAAUUGUUUUAAUCGUGUGGUUAUAGGUUUAGUAUCCUAGCAGCAGCAGCAAUGGAGGUCAAAUUAGAGCCACCACUGGAGGCAAUCACCUCUCCCUGUCAAUGAGCUACAAUCAGCAAAGGCCAUUCAUCAAUCCUCCGCAACUGUUUGCAACUGCUGCAGCGUCAUCGGGAUUCCCACUAUAGAUAACUACCCGACCCAAAAUUGGCUACACCAAAAAAAUGGAUUUUACUCUCUGAUGACACCCUCUUGACCUAACUUUUUGUUUUUUGUUUUUUAAAUCUUUAUGUAACAGGCCUUUGGAGUUUGUAAGCAUGUAAAGAUUAAUGCUUUGAGCUUAAAUUUCUUUGUUUAUGUGUUUCU